UUCCAAAGCCACAGCAAGUUGGCCAACACGCUCAGGAAUCGCCACAUAGCAACUCUAUAUAUAUAAAGUUAUAUUUGUACAUACAAAUUAGAAGCAAUUAACGCCUGUUAAAACGGACGCCUAAGUGUCCUUCGCGAGGACAGCGAUAGGCAGGCAAUGGAGCUGGCGGAGAGGAGCCGCCGCAGGGGACCCGGGAGGAAAAGACCGAUAAGCGCUGGAAAAUCUCUGGAAAAAUCAAUAACCGCCCCUUUCGGAGCCGGGCAGCAAAUUCAGCCAUAAGUCUGCUAAUCAAAAGGCAAAGCCAAAAUAACAAGCGUGUUCCCAAUGAACGGGAGGGAGGGAGUGCUCGGCACCCAGGCAGCCCUUCAAGUGUGCCAGCGGAGGAGGGGCAAUGCAAAUGCACCCAGUGCCGGUGGUGGUGGUGGAAGCGGACGUGGUGGCUGACACCCCUAAAUCAGCAUUGCAACCCGCUGCCAAGCCGUGGAUUAAGCGCUCAUGUCGUCGUCGUCGUGUCUACUAUUCUAGUGGUUGUUGUUGCAAGUGCUAAGAGUGGAGCCCCAUUGAAAUGGUAUCAGGGCAGGCCGAGACCACACUUGAUACCUAAGCCGAACGAAUGCAACAAAUCACUAAAUAAGUCUUCCAAUCCUAGUCAGUAAUUAAUUAGUCUAAGUCGCGAAGUGAAGGAGGCAAGUGCGCGGAGUUGCUGCCAGCCAAAACUUAUAAUCCAAUGUCUCCUCAAAACUAUCCAACGUCUUCUAAAAGGAUAAGGACACGCAAAAUUGAUGAAAACGUCUUGGGCUUUGCAUAAUGUAGCCCAAAGUGAAACCAAGUAAAUGCUAAUCCAUCGUCUUCCAAUCGUAAUCGAUGAAAUUAUAGUAAAAUAUCUUAAACUAACUAUUUUUGUAAUUAUACAAAGCGUAAAUAUUAUUGAAAUCCACUGUCUUCCAAUUACAUGGAUUAAUACACAUAUAUUUACACCUAACAAAAUCUAAAAAAUCGCGAAAAUUAUAUUAAAAAAAAAACAAUAUUUAAAAGCAUAUUUAUAAUUAAAAUCCACUGUCUUCCAAAAACAUGGAUACAUACAAUUUUAUUUAUUUUUUACUAUAAAGAAAGACUAUUUAAAACCGCGAGUUAAGUAAACCAAAUAAUAGACGAUAUAAAUAAUAAACUAAUAAUAACUUAAAGAAGGUCCACUGUCUUCCGCAUACAUGGAUUUAUAAAAAUAAAGAAAAGAAACAAUUAAGAACUAUUUAUAAAGACCAACGAGGCCUCUCGAGCAUCUAAUAAGAAACAAAUAUAUAAGUGAAUAACUUCAAGCCAUAAAAACCACAAUGCUCUCCUCGGAGAUCUACAGUAACACCACAACAUCCACGGCCACGGCGACAGUGGGAGCCACGGCCACUGCCUCAGUGGCCACUGCAUCCACGACCACAACAACGAUGGCGGCCACCACAGUGCAGAUGGUGAAACCAAAGAAACGCCGCAAGCGACGCAAACGCGCAGGUCACGCAAUCGCCACCGCCACCAGCACCACCACCAUCGAAAAGAGCACCACCAACCCCGGCAGCAAUCCGAGCAGUCCCAGUCCCCGUCCCCUGGCCGGGGAAAGCCUCUCGUCCGCUCCCGCUGCCUCCGCAAACGGGGGCAGGAAGAGCAAGGCCCCAUACUUCCAGCACGACAACCGGGAGUACCUGGCCAAGUACGAGAGCUUCCGCCUGACCGCCCACACGUGGAACUACGCGGCGGUGGCCAGGAAGUUCAAGCCCUUGCGGCCGGCGUUGGCAAGCGGCGCCAACAAGACCAGGCGACCAGCAGUCUCCAAGAGGUCGCAUCCGGAUUGCGCCUGCGCCUGCCAGCUGAAAGACCAGGAACCGGCACUCGAGUCGGGACAGCGAACAGCUGAGCACGCCAUCCAGAAGGAGCUGCCUGCGUCACAGGCCAAAAUCAAUAUCGAUGGCAGCGUGCUGCUCGAGCUGCUCAAGUACUCCUCGAGCAGCCUGCUGGAGACACUGCUGGGCGCCGGCAGUGCGGUGGCCUCAAGCGCUCGCGACACCCAUCAAAUAGCCGAGGCUCAGCAGCAGAAGAACGCCAAGCUGCGCGAGGCCUUCAACAUAUCCGAGUACUUCGUGGAGGGCAGCAGCUUCGACAGUGAUCGCAAGGCGAAGGAGGACCUGGCCAAAAGCGUGGCGCUGCAAAAGGAACUGGACGCGCAGCGCGAGAGCCUCGCGGCGGCGGCUGCCGCAGCAGCAGGCAAGGACAAGGAGACCGGGAAGCGUUAUGCCCUAGUGCGCACUCCCUCCCGCGAACGGGAGCGGGAACGGGCUCGCGAUGGAGGCGAUGCAGUGGCCAGCGGGGAUGAGCGCGAGCAUGUCUCCAAGUCGGACAAGAAGAAGCGCAAGAAGCGCGCCAGAGAGAGCUCGGCCAGUCCUGAGCGCAAGAAGGACAAGAAGAAGAAGUCGAAGAAGCACAAGAAAGAGAGUAAGUCGAAGAAGAAAAAGUCGCGCAAGCGCAAGCACAGCGAGAGUGGCCGGGAAAGCGACAAGGAUAGCGACGAGGAGGACGACAGCAGCGACGAGGAUCGGCGCGAGUCGAAGAGCGCCCGCAAGAAGGCCAAGAAGGACAAGAAAAAACGCGACAAGAAGGCGAAAAAGAAGUCACGCGCCCGUGCCAGCUCCACGGAUUCGGAGCGCUCAAACUCUCCAUCGCGGAAGGAGAACAAGUCGGAAAAGUCGCGUGGCGCCAAGGCUUCCAGGUCCGAUGAGAAGGCUCCGCAGCCGGACAAGGCGACUACGCGCAGCCGUUCUCGCGAGCGUCGCAAGGAUCCGAAGGCCAGACCGCAGGAAUCCUCCAUAGACAGCCGACGACACCGGUCGAGGGAGCGGUCGGCAGUUACCCCACCUCGCAAGGAGCCCGAAAGGCAGCGAGAACGCUCAAAAGACAGACAGCGGUCCAAGGAAAGACAGCGAUCGAGGGAAAGACUGCGUUCCAAGGAAAGACAGCGGUCUAGGGAAAGAAAGCGGUCCAAGGAGAGACUGCGGUCCAAGGAGAGACUGCGGUCCAAGGAGAGACUGCGGUCCAAGGAAAGACAGCGCUCCAAGGAGAGACAACGAUCCAAAGAAAGACAACGAUCCAAGUCUAAGGAAAGACAGAGAUCUAGGGAAAAACAGCGAUCCAAGGAAAGACUGCGGUCCAAGGAACGGCAGAGGUCCAAGGAGCGACAAAGAUCUACGGAAAGGCGAAGGUCCAAGGAUAAAAAACCAUCGGUGGACAAAAAGCGAGAUACGUCCAAGGAUCGAUCAAAGGAAAAGCAGCGGUCCAACGAGAGACAUCGAUCUAAGGAUAGACUAAGAUCAAAGGAUAGACUUGCAUCAAAGGAUAGGCUAAGAUCAAAGGACAGGCAAGGGUUGAAGGAAAGGCCACGCUCCAGGGAAAGGCAAGUCUCCAAGGAAAGACAAAGCUCCAAGGAGAGGCAACGAUCAAGGGAUAGGCUGCGCUCCAAGGACAGGCAACGCUCCAAGGAUAGGCAGCGCUCCAGGGAUCGUCUAGCCAAGGAAUCCCGACCCGCAAACUCCGACAAGGAGCGCAGUCCCAAAAAGAGGGACGACCGCCGUCAGCGAUCUCCUUCCAAUGCGAGCAGGAAGCGAACCGAUGACACCAAGCUGAGCCGCACAUCUCGAUCCCAAUCGCCAGCCCAUUCCCCUGAGGCGCCGCCCAAGAAGACGGCGCCGACGCCAGCCUUUAAUCCCUUUAAGGCUGCCGAGGACACAGUGAACGAUAUCCUGGGCACAAAGUCGGUGAUGGUGGCCCUGGAGCAGACCAAGCGACAGAGGGCGUCUUCCAGCUCUAGCUCGGAUUCCGAUAGCUCCAGCAGUAGCUCGUCUGCCUCCAGAACGCCAUCGCCUAAGCCCUCCCCCAGGAAGCAAAAGAAGAGGAGUAGGACACCAGAGCCGAAAGAGGUAAAGAAGGAAGCUAGUCCCAAGAAAGACCGACGCAGGAGCGUAAAGCGGGAGCGCUCCAACUCCCCGCAGGUGGCCAAGUCAAAGAGCAAGCAGGUCGAACCGAGUCCCAAGGCAGCGAGACGUCGUUCCCGCUCGAGUUCCUCGGAGUUGCGGUACUCGCCUGCCGAACGGCAUCCGGAGCGCUACCAGGACAUCAUCCAAGACAAGAAGCGGCCGUCCAAGGCUAGGGAAGCCUCCACGAAACCUGCUCCCGUGGUCCGCCUGCGGGCACAGAGUGACGACGGCAGCGAUGCCGAUACAGCAGUGGAUGGCACCGCUCUGGAGGAAUUCCAGCAGAGCAGGCGAGAGCGAGAGGAGCAGCAGGAACUUCGCAUGCUGGAGCAGCUAAAGUCGGGGAUCGCGGCCAAGGCCAAGCAGAAGAUCAGGAUCAUGGAGAAGGACCCGGCCAAAGAGGGCAACGAAGUAAGUGGCAGCGACCUGGUGACGGCUACUAAACGUAACUCGCUAAGCGAAUUCCUUGUUGCUAACAAUGUGACCGCUUUGAUUAACCCACUGACAACGACCACGCCCCCGCCGCCCUUGGCGGUCAUCCUGCCGCUGGAGCAGCGCAAGGAGUCGCCGGCGCCGCUGCGGGAUCCGGAACGGGAGCUGUCCGUGUCUGUGGAGGAGCCGCUCACCAAGAAAAGGGACGCCAGCACACCGCCCAUUUGCAAGACGCCCCUCGUGGCGGCGAAUGGCGAGGCCAAGAGUCCGACAGUGGGUGGUCACAAGAUCCACCUGCACCACAGGCCGCCUCCACAGCACCUGCACCACCAGGCGCAUCAGCAGCAGCAGCAACAUCCGCAACAUCCGCCGGGGAAGCGCAUCUUCCACAACCGCACGCUGAACAAUAACCCUAACAGUAGACAUAGUACUAACAACCCUCAUGCAUGUGGUGGUGGCGGGAUCCCUCAUUCGAAUCCCAACAGCAGCACCAGCAGCGGGAACAGCGGCAGCAAUCAGGGCAUGCUGCCCUUCCUGGCCGGCACGCCGGGCACCUACAACCGCACCACCAAUCGCCUCAACCACGGUCCCCUGCUGACCGCCACCCACUACAACAUCUGCAAGAACCAUCAGCACAGUCUGCAGCAGCAGCAGGCCCAUCACCUGGCCCGCGGCCUGGUCUACAACUCGGCUCUCUUCGGGCACGGACCCCGGCAUCCGGGGCUCCUGUCCCUGACGGGAGCCGGCGUGGGCGUGGGUGGGCAGGGUGCCCCGCUGCUGGGUCAUCCGCCGCUUGUCCGGGGUGGUGGCGGUCCCAUUAGCUUCAAUGCGGCGGCGGCGGCUGCGGCCGUGGCUGCCAAUAGUAUUAGCUACCAUCAUCAUCACCAUCAGCACCAACAGAAACCGAAAAUCGUUAUAAAACCCUUCAAAAUUCACGAUCCACAGCCCCUAGUCGCAGCGCUCGCGGACAGCUCGUUGGUGGACGCCAUCGUCUCCAAGGUAUCCACGGCCACCGUGGCGGCGGCAGCGGCGGCGGAGAGUGCGGCUCGCAGGAGCAGGAGUCGGGAGCGCAGGAGCCGGAGUCGCAGCAAGCGGCGCACGAGCGGCAGUCACCAUCGCCAUCACUCCAGCAGCCGCUCGAGAUCGCGGUACAGCUCGUCCAGCAGUCGCAGCGGAUCGCGCAGUUCUAGGUCACGCUCCGGGUCGCACUCCUCCCGCUCCAGCUGCUCCUCGCACAGCAGCUCGGGCAGCUCCUCCUCCGGCAGCGGCUCCGCAUCAUCACAGUCCGGCUCGCGGUCACCCUCCAUCCCCAGGCGUCGCGGCUCGCCCAGCUUUCUGGACAGGCGUCGCAUAACGAGCCAUCGAUCGCCGCGCAACAAAAGACGUUAGUUGGUUCCUACUACCCAUUAUCCGCUUGAGUUGCACUGAUUACACCUUUAUUUAUGCCACACGUAACUCCUGAUUUUGUCUUAAUGAUUUUUGGUUUCUUUCAGCCGACUCAGGAACUACUUAUGUAUAAUUUGACAUUUUUUACUAUCCACCAAUCUCUAAUAUAUUUUUGUAGCUUUCCGAUUGUGUGUCAUCCUUAUUUCUCGUAAUUUAGCCAAGCCGCAAAAUAAACUUUGUCACCUUUACCGACUUA